GCAUUGCCGUUCUAUUUAGAGCACAGUAACUCCACGAGUAAAGAUGGCAGCAGCAACCUUACUGUCUUCAAUGGAAAGUAGCCUGAACCAGCCGAAAUGGCUGAAAGAAGAAGUAUCCACAGGGACUUCAAUCAUGGCUGUUGAGUUUGAUGGUGGUGUGGUGAUAGGGGCUGACUCCAGGACCAGCUCAGGUGCAUAUGUGGCCAAUAGAGUAUCUGAUAAAUUGACAGAGAUCUCUGAUCGUAUAUUCUGCUGUCGUUCCGGUUCUUCUGCUGAUACUCAAGCCACCGCUGACCAAGUCAAGUACUACAUCAGUCUACACACCAUGGAGCAGGGAGAGCCCCCUUUGGUGAAUACAGCUGCCAACCUGUUCCGACGUUACUGCUACGAGAACAGGGAGAAGAGGACAGCUGGUAUCCUGUGUGCUGGCUGGGACAAGAGAGAGGGGGGACAGGUGUACUCUAUUCCCCUUGGUGGUAUGUAUGUGAGACAACCAUUUGCCAUCGGUGGCUCAGGCAGCACCUAUGUGUAUGGUUACUGUGAUGCCCAAUACAAAGCUGGCAUGAGCAGAGAGGAGUGCAUUGCAUUCGUUAAGAAUGCUCUGGGCCUUGCUGUGGCUCGUGAUGGCAGCUCUGGUGGUGUUCUAAGACUGGCCGUUAUCGAUGAGAAUGGUGUAGAAAGGAUGCUCUUCACUGGAUCAGAAAUACCAACUUUCUAUACUGAAUGAUUAUACUUUGACUUGUUACCAACACAGUACAUGUAUCUCUACUGUGCUGUGUGCAUGUGAGCCAUACAGAUGUAUUCAAUAUGACCCUGUAUGUUAACAUAAUUAUCUGUUAUUGAUUGUAUUUACCAAAUUCAUAA